AAUAUUUAUAGUUUAAAUAAAAACAAAAAAAAAAUUACCUAACUACCCUCACCCACCCAAUCCCUCUUAUUCCCCUUCUUUCUUUCUCUUUCUUUCUUUCCUGCCCUGGGUCUCCACCAGGCUAGAUUCCGAUGGCUGCAACAAACCCAGCCUGCUGGGUCUCGUCGGAACCCAGCCUUGCUGGGUUCAGGGAGACCCAGCCCUCGUCGAACCCAGCCUGGCUGGGUCUCCCUUGCUGGGUUCCGACGAGACCCAACAAGCUGGGUUCGACGCUGGGUUUCCCCAAAUCUAGCAAGGUUGGGUUUCGACGAACCCUGCUGGGUCUCGUUGAACCCAGCCUUGCUGGGUUUCCCCGAACCCAGUUGCUAGGUUUGACGAGACCCAGCUAGCCUCUGAUGAACCCAACUUUGCUAUUUCGAUGCUGGAUUCAUGUUUUUUCAUUCUUCUUUUGAUUUUCAUUUCCAAUUGUUAAUAAAUUUGAGAGUUGAUU